AUGAUACUAAUUGCAAAGUUGGUCGAUGAAGUGCCUGCUAUUAAAGUAACUUAUGAAUACAAGGAGUCUAUUCCAGCACCAAGUGUAAUUAACGGCUGUGAAGUAUUUAGAGAUAAUCUUAGUUAUGAUAGUGAUGGAAUGUGUCCGAAAUAUUUAACAUCUAACUUAUCACUUGCUGAAGAUGUUCGCAAAAAUGCUAGCCUUUAUAAUUUUAAUAGAUUUAAAAGACAAUUAAUGGAUAAGACAUUAUUCACACAACUUGGAUUCUCGCCAACCUACAAAACAUAUUAUUAUGUUACUACGGAUCCAG